UUUCUUUUUUCCUCUCUUUUUCUAUCCUCUCUUUUUCCCACCCCCUCUCCCUCCUCCUUUAUCCUGGCAGGAUUCCACUAGAGAGCAUGAGAUUAGUUUGCUGGGAGUUUGGGAAACAAGAUGCAGAGCCACCAGAAAGAGCACCUCUACAAGAUCUUGGUGAUCGGCGACUUGGGAGUGGGGAAAACCAGCAUCAUCAAACGCUAUGUCCACCAGAACUUCUCCCCGCACUACCGGGCCACCAUCGGGGUCGAUUUUGCCCUAAAAGUGCUGAGUUGGGAUUCAGACACGGUGGUGCGGUUGCAACUAUGGGACAUCGCCGGCCAAGAACGAUUUGGGAACAUGACGAGAGUCUACUACCGAGAAGCGGUGGGAGCGUUUAUCGUUUUCGAUGUCACAAGGCCGGCAACCUUCGAAGCGGUGGCAAAGUGGAAAGAGGAUUUAGACUCAAAAUUGACUCUUGCAAAUGGGGUGCCAGUAUCAGCUGUGCUGCUAGCCAACAAAUGUGACCAGGGAAAAGAUAACUUUAAGAACCAUUUCACCAAAAUGGACCAGUUUUGCAAGGAACAUGGUUUUGUCGCUUGGUAUGAAACAUCUGCAAAGGAAAAUAUAAAUAUCGAUGAAGCCUCCAGAUGCCUUGUGAGCCACAUAAUCGCUAGCGAGAGCGAUCAAAUGCAGCCCGUGGAACCCGACAUUGUAAAGCCCCAAAUCUUGAAUUCUUCCAAGAUAGCAAGUUGUUCCGCGUGCUUUAAGUCCUAGGAGCUGCUCCUCAGCAUCAUUUGAUAAAUAAAACGGCCAAUAAAUGCUUUCUGCUUGGUAAAAUUCA